AUGCGGCAGAUGAUGAGAAGCUUUUCUGAUCCUUUUGGACGAGAUCCAUUUCUCAGCAUAACAGAUGGUGGGGAGAGAACAGUAGAUCGAAGAGCGCGCCAGGACUCUCAGGUUGCUCUAAGAGGAAAUCGCAGAGCAACAACCUGCUCCCUCGUGCCCUUUGCAGGCUUUGGUAGAGUGCAGGAUGCAGAUUUUGGGGAACCUUUUUUUGCAAUGGACAGGAUGAUGUCAAAUAUGAGAAACAGUAUGCUGGAAAUGCAAAGAAAAUUUGAUGACCUGUCCAUCCAUCCAGAUGCACACACAUUCAGCUCCUCCUCUGUGAUGACGUACUCCAAAGUAGGGAAUGAACCACCAAAAGUUUUCCAAGCUUCAGCUCAGACACGCACAGCUCCAGGGGGCGUUAAGGAGACAAGAAAAGCACUUAAGGAUUCUGAAAGUGGACUGGAAAAAAUGGCUAUUGGUCAUCAUAUUCAUGAUCGUGCCCAUGUCAUUAAAAAAUCAAAGAACAGCAAGACCGGUGAUGAAGAAAUGAACCAAGAAUUCAUCAACCUGGAUGAGGCUGAGGCCCAGACCUUUGAUGAAGAGUGGCAGAAAGAGAUUAUGAAGUUCAGGCCAUCUAGAACUAGAUGCAAUUUAGAGGCUCCAAAAUACAGAAGUAUUCGUCACAUACCCAAGGAAGAUGGAUUAAGAAGAGAGAAACCGCUUGCAGUUGCGGGUUCCAGGGAGCCCAGAGUUUCUUUGGAGAAUCUCAAUGUGAAAGGAACGCAUGUCCCCAUCAAAAGCAGCAAAAAAUAA